AUGUCUGGAGCUGUACAGAGCUUUACAUUGGGACCCACUUUGGAGCUGUUGGUCCCAGCCUCCAGGCUGGGUCUGGAGGGGCCCUGCUGGGUGGACCUGGGGUCUACAGGGGCUUUUUGUCGAAGUGCCUGCCAGCCACUGGGCUCCCUGGGGGGCCUCACGGGCCACGGCUUUGGCAGCCUGUUGGGUCUGGCCACUGACUCAGAGGGUAAUGCUAUUGUGGCAGACAAGCAGCAGUGUCAGGCUGACCCUUUCCCUUGGGCUAGGACACCCUUCUGCAUGGUGUUCGAGGGGCUGGGGAAGCCCUCAGGCAUGGCCUCUGUGCCCCAGAGCCAGCUCAUGGUGAUGGACGCAGGGGCCGGCUACAUGUAA